AUGCUCCGCGCCGGACCUCUCCCCUUCACCCGUUCUCCGUGCAACCAUCCCACGCCGUCCUCUGCCUUCCCCAUCCAUGCCAGUCACGCAAUCGCGCUGGUGACUCGUUGCUCCCUGCCCUCAUCUCCCCGUCCCUGCCCCUUCACCCAUCCCUGCCCCUUCACCCAUCCCUGCCCAUUCCCCUGUCCCCCCUCUCUCACAAUCCCCCUCUUCCACAUCUCCCCCUUCGCUUAUCCCCGCCCUUCCCCGCCCUUCCCCGACCUUUGCCAUCUCCCCCCCAACUCAUCCCCGGCCAUCCCUGCCCUUCCCCACCUCCCCCUCUCGCUCAUCUCCGCUCCUCCCCCGUCCCCACAUGCCCAGCUCCGUUGGCGAGUCGGCGCUGUGGCGGGGUGGGAGGUGGUGGAGGAGGGCGGCUACCAGCGCAUCUGCCGGAAGUGGCGCACGCGGAACUUCCUCGCUGGCCUCACACUCUUUCAGCGCGUUGCAGAGGUUGCCGAGGCUGAAGGUGGGUGCUGCUCCUUCCUUAAGAGGCGGAAGGUGGGUGCUUCUCCUUCCUUAAGAGGCGGAAGGUGGGUGCUGCUCCUUCCUUAA